UUAAUGGUUGGACUGCCGGGGAGUGAAUACCAUUUUUGUGAGCGUGCUCAGUGUCUGCGGGAGGAAUCAGAUGGAAGGUAUGAGUGACGACACAGUGAUGAUCUCUGGGUCUGCAUGUAUAAAAGAGAGCGCUCUCCCAGUGCUCGCAGCAGUGGACGAUAGAUCAGCAUGAAGAUUAUCUGUGGGGAGAAAACAUGAGGAGCAUCUGGAGGGAAAGAGCCGAGCAGCACUGAUAAGUUUUCAAAUGGCGCUGAAUAUAUCAGAUGUGUUGGUCCCCACCGUGGAACCAGUCUUCGACCCCUGCAGUAACGACACCUCGGCCUGGCUGUGGCUGUCCUCCCUGCAGCCCCCCUACCUGGGUCUGAUCAGCGUGGUGGGUUUGGUGGGAAACGGCCUGGUUCUCUGCGUGCUCUGCCUCCAGAGGAAGCCCUGCACCGUGGCUGACGUGUACUUGGGGAACCUGGCAGCUGCCGACCUGGUCAUGAUGUCCUGCCUCCCCUUCUGGGCUGUGAACAUUGCCCGAGGAUACCAGUGGGAGUUUGGAGAGUUCAUGUGUAAACUCGUCAAUGUGGCGAUUUCUAUGAACUACUUCUGCAGUGUCAUGUUCCUCGUGCUGGUCAGCGUGGACCGAUACCUGGCUCUGGUGAAGCCUAUGAGCUCCAGCCGUCUGAGGAGAGCCUCCUGGGCUAAACGUGUCUGUGUUGGAGUCUGGAGUCUCGGCUUCCUCUUCACUCUGCCCAUCCUGCUCUUUCGCACAGUGCAGUAUGUUGACGAUGCAGGCGUGGAUGCCUGCAUCCUGGCCUACCCGCACCCUGCAUUGAGGCUGCAGCAUAACAUCACCAAGAACCUGCUUGGCUUCUUAAUCCCCGUCAUGGUGGUGACGUACUGCACACGUCACAUUGUGGCGGCACUGAAAGAGCGUGGAGCUGGUGGACUCACCGGAGUCAGGACAGAGAGGAAGGCCACAGACCUGGUCCUGGCCGUGUUGACUGUCUUCCUCUUCUGCUGGACACCGCACCAGGUUAUGACAUUUCUUGACACAAUGGAUUACUUCCAGUUCCUGCCUGGGUGUCUAUGGGAACAGGUCCUGGACAUCGGCAUACAGCUGUCCACUUAUCUGGCGUAUAGCAACUGUGCGGUGAACCCCUUCUUGUUUGUCAUCGUGGGGAAGCAUUUCAGGAGACGGGCGAGAGAGGUGUUUGGAAAGACUUUAAACCCCUGGUCAAGAGAAACCACCUAUCUGACUGUGAGCUUCACCUCUGUGAACAGACUCAAUGAAAAACAGAGGAUCAGUAUCGAGACACUUGACAAAUCUGUGCUACGGAAAAUUACAUCAUGACAUAUAACUGUGAGGACUCUUUAAUUAUUUGCAAAGUGACUCAAACAUGACGCAUUAAAACCACUGAACAGUGAUCAUUUCAUUUGAGGUUUGCAAAGAAAUCGACCUGCAGUGAACUUUUGAGCCUCUGAGGGUUUUGGUGUCCUUCAAUUCAGGUUUUAAUGUAUGCAUUAGUAAGCAUAUAGAACAUAUCAGACUGGGGAGUUUGUGCUUGGAUAUUUAUGUUUAAAUGAUUCUGUAGUGGAGUCACAUGACAGUGAAAAAGGCAGCUAUCCUACUGUUUACACCCAGCGUUAGCAUGUUCUGUGUACCAGGUACUGACAGAACACUGUGAGAGUUUACAGCUGGCAUGAAGCUGAUAAGGCAAACAUUUGCAGACAUGUACUGUAAUGUGAAUAAAAUAAUUUAUCUCUAA